AUGUUGAAGCCCCAACUUCACCAAUCUCGGUCUACCCAAACUCUCUUUCUUCACAAACCAUUCAUCCAUGGCAGUCGUAGAAGUACUUCACUUCCUAUCUGGUCAAGGCCCUCACUCCUCAAGAAACACAGAAACGUACGAGUUGGCUUGAUUCCUAGCAACACAAAAGCCGUAAGUACUAGUAGUAGCAGUAGUGAUAGCAGUAGUACUCCUACUACUACCACUAAAACUACUAGUACUACGACUAUGACAACAACUCCUACUACUAUCCAGAGUACUACGCCUACUACUCCUACUACUCCUACUACCACCACCACCACCACUAUUGUGACGACUGAAGUCGUCACCGAGAAGUUCAUUAGUGUUAAGGCCACCAUAACUGUGACGCUUACAGUUGGAGGCUUUCUCUCACACCUUGGUCUAAAACGAGGGCUUGAUGAUAUAACAGACAUGCUUGGUCAAUCGCUCUUAUUGGAGCUUGUUAGCGCUGAGCUUGAUCCCAAAACUGGAUUAGAGAAGAAGGUUGCAGGGUUCGCACACAGGUGCCGCCGAAAGGAAGGUGAGAUAAUAUACGAGACAGACUUCAAAGUUCCAGUCCAUUUUGGGGAGAUGGGUGCUGUUUUGGUAGAGAAUGAACACCACAAGGAGAUGUUUCUCAAGGAUAUUGUCCUCGAUGGCCUCCCCUAUGGCUCUGUACAUCUUAGCUGCAAUUCUUGGGUCCACUCCAAGUAUGACAAUCCUGAGAAGAGGGUCUUCUUCACCAACAAGUCAUACUUGCCAUCUCAAACACCAAAUGGGUUGGUGAGGCUAAGGGAAGAGGAUCUUGUGACUUUGCGUGGCAAUGGCCAAGGAGAGCGGAAGUUCUUUGAGAGGAUAUAUGAUUACGAUGUUUACAACGAUCUUGGGGAGCCUGAUAAGAAUUUAAGACUUCAAAGACCAGUACUUGGUGGCAAAGAAUUCCCUUAUCCCAGACGUUGUAGAACUGGACGACCACAAUGCGAAACAGAUUCCUUAUCCGAGAAAAGGAGCAACAAGUGGUACGUUCCUAGAGAUGAAGCCUUCUCAGAGGUAAAGCAGCUAACAUUUUCAGCAAAGACAGUCUACUCUGUGAUGCACGCAUUGGUACCAUCUCUGGAGACGGCGAUGGCUGACAAUGAUCUUGGAUUCGCAUACUUCACCGCCAUUGACUCACUUUUUAGCGUGGGGAUUAACUUGCCUCCCUUCAAGGAACAAGGGAUUCUCAAAACCCUCCUUCCCAGGCUAGUCAAUGUUAUGGCUUCUGGAGAUGAUGUCUUGCGUUUUGUACCCCCGGAAACUAUGAAUCGGGACAAAUUCUUUUGGUUUAGGGAUGAGGAAUUUGCUAGGCAGACUCUUGCAGGUCUGAAUCCAUACAGCCUCAAGUUGGUGACGGAAUGGCCAUUGAAGAGUGAAUUGGACCCCGAGAUCUAUGGCCCGCCGGAAUCAGCGAUCACGAAGGAAAUAAUUGAGCAAGAGAUUAGAGGCUUCCCAACCAUUCAGGAGGCCAUAAGAGAGAAGAAAUUGUUUAUUUUAGAUUACCAUGAUUUGUUUUUGCCCUAUGUGAGUAAAGUAAGAAAGAUCGAAGGCACCACGCUAUAUGGAUCGAGGACUUUGUUUUUUCUAACCCGGGAAGGAACACUGAGGCCACUGGCUAUUGAGCUCACAAGGCCGCCAAUGGACGGAAAGCCACAGUGGAAGCAAGUUUUCCAGCCAUCUUGGAACGCCACCGGGGUCUGGCUUUGGAGGCUUGCCAAGGCACAUGUCCUUGCCCACGAUUCUGGUUACCAUCAACUCGUUAGUCACUGGCUAAGAACACAUUGCGUCACAGAACCUUAUAUAAUCGCAACGAAUCGACAACUCAGUGUCUUGCACCCAAUCUAUAGAUUGUUACAUCCCCAUUUCAGAUAUACGAUGGAGAUUAAUGCUCUUGCUCGCGAAUCGCUCAUCAAUGCCGGCGGUAUCAUCGAAAGCUCGUUCUCUCCUGGAAAAUACUCCCUUGAGAUUAGCGCAGUUGCCUAUGGCAAGGAGUGGCGGUUCGACCAAGAGGCGCUCCCGGCUGACCUUAUUAGAAGGGGCAUGGCUGUUGAAGACCCAACCGCACCGCAUGGUCUAAAGCUAACAAUUGAAGACUACCCUUUUGCCAAUGAUGGUCUCCUCAUGUGGGAUGCCAUCAAACAAUGGGUCACUGACUAUGUAAACCACUACUACCCAGACUCCAGCGUUGUACAGACUGAUGGAGAACUCCAAGCAUGGUGGACAGAAAUCAAAACAGUAGGCCAUGCAGACAAAAAGGACGAACCAUGGUGGCCAGAACUCAACACCCGUGAAGACCUCAUUGGCAUCAUCACCACAAUGGUGUGGGUCACAUCUGGCCACCAUGCAGCUGUCAACUUUGGGCAAUAUGUCUAUGCGGGUUAUUUCCCUAACAGGCCGACAAUUGCAAGGACCAAUGUGCCCACAGAAGACCCCUCGCCAGAGUUUUGGAAAAACUUCUUGAAAAAGCCUGAAGUUGCACUUUUGCAGUGCUUCCCUUCACAAAUCCAAGCAACAAGAAUCAUGGCUGUUCUGGACAUUUUGUCAAAUCAUUCACCGGAUGAAGAGUACAUUGGAGAGAAGAUGGAGGCGGCAUGGGCUGAGGAACCCGUUAUAAAGGCGGCGUUUGAACGCUUUAAGGGGAGGUUGUUGGUGAUUGAAGGAAUUAUUGAUGAUAGAAAUGCCAACAGUGAGUUGAAAAACAGAAAUGGAGCUGGGGUUGUGCCUUAUGAGCUUUUAAAGCCUUUUUCACAACCUGGGGUCACAGGAAUGGGAGUUCCAUAUAGCAUCUCUAUUUGAAACUGAUAAGUAGUUAGUGUGUCAUCUGCUUCUCAGUUAUUUUUCUUUUUCUUUUCUUUUCUUUCAACAUAUAGUAUUAGGUAAGGCAAGUCCUACCCAUAGUCACGAGUCAUGACAUUUAGGCAUGGUACAUGUUAGAAAUUAAACCAAGCUUAAAUAUUUUAUCUUUUGUGAACUUCAGCCCUGGUUUCGACCAAAGCCCUGGUGUUUUCAGGCUUUUAGGUCAGAUAUAUAAUUGAUCCUUGGGGUUCUUUGAGUGUGUGUAUUUGCUGAUAAAGAGAAAGUAAUAUUUCACAUCUUAUUGUAGUUAUCUCACUCUUGGUUUAUGUGAAACUAUUUUUGUGCUUUGUUUUACCAUACCCUGGGUCCGGGACACGACACUAGCUUUCCCCCACAAACUUGACACAAGCUUUCUCCAUUUUGCAAUGUAGAAAGUGCG